AUGCCCGGUAGGGAAAAGAGCUUCCUUGACAACAAGGAGCCUGCUGUUGCAUCCGUCCUCGAGGAGAAGGAUAGGGCCACCGCUCCUGGGGCACCUGUUACGGACGGAGCCGAAGCCGCUCAGACUAAGGCUAUAUCCGUGGCGGAGACUACCCAGACAGCUGAGGAUGAGGCUGAUGACUAUUCUUCCGAGGACGAAGACGAUAAGAAGAACGAGACCCAGGCUCGAGAGCCUCAGGGAGCACAGCUUGCAACCCUCGUCGCAGUCUUGCCUCCGCGCCCUGCGUCCCCCGAGGCCGACAAGAAGAUUUCAUACCACGAGGAUGCCGACCUUCACAUUAAGGUCCGCGACUCAAACGGUACCGUCAUUGUCUACUCUGUCCGCUCUGCCGCCCUCGCUUCUGCAUCUCGCGUCUGGAAGGAUUUCCUCGCUAAGAACACCGCCACCGUUGUUGAGCUACAAUCUGCUGCCGACACCGUUAGCGGUCUCGAUGUGCUCUUCUCCAUCGCCCACUUCAAGUUCCACGAGCUCCCAACCAUGCCCAAUGUCGGCGAGCUUUACGACCUUGCCCUGGCUUCUGACAAGUACGCCGCCACUCAUCUGCUGGUCCCAUUCAUGAAGGACUGGGUCGUAGCCUUGAACCGCCACGUUCUCAUGGCCGGUGCCCGCAACGACGAGGACAAGACCCUUGUUCUUAGCUGGGUCUUUGGUGAGGCUCGUUGGUUCAGCCGCGUGCUGGCUAAGGCGGCGUACAAGUCGCGCGUCGGCACCGAUGGCACCCUUCUUGACUCCAAGGGCCACCCCUGGAAAGAGCAGCCCAUCUCGGAUGAGGUCAUCAGCAUGUUGGCCGCUACACGUGCCGAGGCCGUCGAGAAGGUCAUCAAGGCUGUCAGCAACCCUGUUCAUCGUCUUCUCAACCCUUCCUGCUACCCUGGCGAAGAGAUCCGUUACUGCCAUGCCGGUACCGACGACGGAACCGCUGAGGAUUGCGAGCAGCUUCUCCUCGGAUCUGCUAUUAUGGGUCUGACCAAGUCCAAGCUUUGGCCCCCUCCUGAGCCCGCUAAGAUUAAGGUCAGCGCUGUCGAUCUCGCUAGAGCGUACAGUGACGUUCGCAUUCGUCGCUACCAGACCCCUGGUUUGCGCUUCAGGGAUAGCAUGCCCGAGGGCGCACCAGUCGAGGACCCUCACGCCAAAUGCGGCUUCGGUCACCGCGAGGUGAUUGAGAAGAUCCUCAACACCCCUGCCAAGAUGGCUUCCAGCGUUGUUGGCCAGCUCAUCACCAGAGCCAAGAAAUCAGGUGCUUUUGGCGAGGAGCUCUUCGCGGACUUGAAGGAAUACGUGCAGGAUGGCGGAGCUGCUGUUGAUGGCGAGGACUUGAAGAGCAAUCCCGUCCACUACAAGCAGGUCCGUGUUAGGAUCAAUGGUGUUGUUGAAAACAAGACCCCGGCCGAUGAUGAUGACGAUGAUGAGGAUGAGUCCAGCUCUGAGAGUGAUGACGAGUAG